AAUUUCAAAAUUUUAGCUAAUUUCAAAAUUUUUCCAAUGAAUGCCCAAAGGAACAAAAAACAAAACUUAAUAACAAACAAGAUUAAAAUUCUCUCUAUUUUUAAGAUACUAAAUUCCCCAACUGUCGACUUAACCACCAAAGAUCAGAACCUAAUAAACUCAAUUUUACCAAUUAUUGAAGCCCAAAAACGUAUUAUGCAUGCAUUUAAUGAUUUGGAUGAUAUAUUCCUUCAUGGCCCGAUUUUGUUUGAAGAAAUAAUUUUAUCCAAUUUUAAUAUUUUUCGUUUAACUGAGAUUUUUUCGAUCCAAUUCCAAUACCGUUUGACGAAUUGA